AUGAAUGCCUUUUGUUUGUUGAUUGUAUCUAUCCCUUCAGCGCAAGUCAUCCACAAUCCACUGGUGCAUGCGCCAUUCUGUGCAACAAGUAACGUUCCGAAAUACUUGCCCCUCUAUUUUGUUCCGAUAGCGGCCUUGGAAGUUGUGCUCGGUGGUCUGGCAACUUAUACCUUAUUCCACGACACCGGACACCAGUUAUCAUUGCAACUGUCUGCUGACCUUCAACGUGUGCUCGUGCGAGACACAGCCAUAUACACCAUCCUUAUGUUCUCCGUGUAUUUAUUCAAUGCCUUCUUCUGGGUACUGUCUCUGGAACAAUUGCUCGAGUUCCCAAUUCCAUUUGUCAUGGCCACAUCCUGUAUCUUGACCAACCGCUUCAUGCUCAAUGUCUUUAGAUCUCACCAGAAGACAGUCAUGUCAAGGCGUUUGUCCGCGAUGAGUGCGUUGUUGUGCACAACUUCGUAG